GGUUGAGGGUACUGUCACAUGUCAAACGUCAAACCCACGUGUCAGUGUAAAUUUAAAAAGAUGUCGCUGCAAUACGACACGCUAUCAACGCCAUGACAAAACAUUUUUGUUACCAUUACACACUCCUUUAUUACUUUUACUCAUAUUAAAAAUUUCCCAGAGCUUACGCUCUAUUUUGUAAUCCUUAGACUUAGUUAUUUUGACAGCUCACAGAUAACCACGUUCGUGAAUUCAAUUGGAGUACUCGCGACAUGACAUGAAUUUUUUUAUUUAAAUCAUACGUGUAACUGUGAUAUAUAUGUUUGUUAAAUAUAUAAAGUCAUUUGUAUAUUAGUCAUUGUAUCAGUUCGACGUUAGUUGUUAUUGUGAUUACAUUAUUUGAGAUUGGAAUUAAAAAAAAUGGAAUUACCACAUAUUGGAAAACAUUGUUCAGAAAAAACCUGCAAUCGAUUAGAUUUUUUACCCAUGAGAUGCGAUGCAUGUGAAGAAUCAUUUUGCAGUGACCACAUAACAUAUUUGACUCAUUCAUGUCCAAGUGCGUACAAAAAAGAUGUCCAGGUUCCAGUGUGCCCAUUGUGCCACGUUCCGAUACCUAUAAAACGUGGCGACACACCAGACAUCGCUGUAGGGCUGCACAUUGACAAUCACUGUGAGUCAGAUCUAAGCAACGCCAAGAAAAAAGUAUUCGUUAACAAGUGCUCAAAUAAGGGCUGCAAAAUAAAGGAAAUAAUUCGCGUGGACUGCAAAGACUGCGGCAUGAACUUCUGUCUUAAGCAUCGGCACCCAGUUGACCACAACUGCAUCGGCCAUGAGGAAGCUGUCAGAUUGAAGCGGCUGGAGGCUCUGAAGAAAAAGGCCAAGCAACAAAGUGCCGGAUCUGGCAGCAGUAAUAAGAAUUCAAAUGGACAAACGUUUCGUAAUUACCAGGGAAGUAUGAGCGAAGACGAAGCUCUGGCGCGAGCUCUCCAGGCUUCAAUGCAAGAUGAAAAUUCCAGUCGUCGACAGCAACAAGUCCAUACUGUGCCUUCCGGAAAUCGUAAUUUAUGUAGACUAGCGUAAUUGUUAAUUAUUAUUUUAAAAUAUCGUUACAACGAUUUAUAUAUUUUUCUUUUUAAUUUUAAAAAUACCACGGUGUCUUCACAACGACUUAAGUUUUAUUAAAAUUAUUAUUUUUAAACAGCAACUGCAUCUUCUUUCUUGUUAUCAAUGAUGCAAUUAAUUUUUAUAAGCUUUUGAAUUUAUAUGCAAAUUUUACUCUUUUAUUAUUCCAUUUGUUGUAAGGAAAUGUUUUAAUAUCCACGUACUGACAUCUAAACAAAUUUAUAUUUAAGUCUAGACUAAGGCGACGAUUUUUAAAAAAAAUUUAUACCCUUUCCACAAUUUAAAGUAAAUAAAUAUUUAUAUUCACUCGUCGCUUUUCAACACUCGCAUAAUAUUUUUUUUA